AUGGCGGCGUCACAGAGAGAAACUCGGCAUCCACGUCUCUGUUUUAUAAUCUGUGCUUCUUCCCUUUUACUCCUCUUCCUCUUCAGCCAAGCGUUCAGAGCCAGACGGCAGGACGAGAGACACAAAAGAGACAUUCUGGACUCUACAGAAAUCCCAGCGGAGCACAUCGACCCGGCCGCCAUCGACCUCACUCCCCUGGUCAAUACUUUAAUAAAUACGAGCCAAUCGGGCUCCCGGCAGCUGUUCUCCCUCCUCAGUGUGACGUCCUACAGCUCUCUGGCUCUCCAUAAACUCACCCUGUUGGUCUACAACAUUUCCAGCAUCAGAAGUUUAGAAAGCAGCCAGUUCAGGAGGAGAUUCUGUUACUGCGUCACUAACGAGACCAACGAUCUCACAGACUUUACGGCAAUCCUGUUGGACGUGAUGGGAAACUCCACCAGUUACCUCCACGAGCUCUUUAAAUCAGCCUCCAUUUUAUCAGUGAGCCAGAGGAACAACUCCGACUGUAUCUACAUCUGUGUGAUGGCCGGGAAGAUGGGCAGAGAGGUCUCCGAGCUGUGGGAGGUCGACUCCAUCACUCCGCUCUUCAACCAGACCAUCGUCGAAGGACCGCACACAGUCGGUAACGUCUCCUCCAUCAGACUUCCUGUCGAGUGGAACCAACUUUCCUCCAAUCUGAGUCACAUCCCGCCGUCCGGGAUGAGUUCACUGUCGACCAGCAGAGUCCACGGUGAGUCUGCAGGAGUUUCACCAACAACUUUGGAUGAAACGGCUGCAACAACAGCGAAGAUCACAACCUCCAACCACGGCUGGACGCCAUCCCGGCACCACGACCCGGCACACGGCGGCCACCGCUCAGCCCACCAGACUGUCGCCGGUUCGACCCACAGUGGGACCGACGCUGGCCAGAAGGACUACAGAUACUGCGAUGACAGCCACGUCUGGUAUGAAAAACACACGUCUGAAGUGUGCCGGCGGGUCAGGAGAGUCUCCUUCUCCAGAAAUCUCAAACAAAGAUGCCUGACAAAGAUGUGCAAUAAACUGUGACAGAGAGGAAGACGAGGGAAACAAAGAGCUGUUCAUCCUCACAAGGAGUG